AUGGGCUUCAACGACUGGUCCCGCUACAUGGGUGCCCUCAAUGAAUCCCUCUUUGUGCAGACAGCCGAGGCGAUGGCUUCCAACGGCCUUCUCGCCGCCGGCUACAACCGCAUCAACCUCGACGACGAGUGGUCUCUCAUGACCCGUGCCGCCAACGGCAGCAUGCAGUGGGACCCAGUCAAGUUCCCUCACGGCCUGCCCUGGCUGACGGCCUUCCUGCGCGAGCGAGGCUUCCUCCCUGGCAUCUAUACCGACGCGGGCAAUCUUUCCUGUGGAGGGUAUCCGGGCGCAUACGGUCACGAGGCCCUCGACGCGGCAACGUUCGUGGGCUGGGGGUUCGAGUACCUCAAGCUGGACGGGUGCAACAUGCCCGACGCCACUGAGGAAGGGUAUCGUGCGGUGUAUGGGCUGUGGCACGAUGUGCUGUCUGCCAUGUGGCCCAACCAGAUGGUCUUCUCGCAGUCAGCGCCGGCCUAUUUCGCCGAGGCCGCCAACCUCACAGACUGGUACACCGUCAUGACCUGGGUGCCGCAGUUUGGCCAGCUCGCACGGCACUCGCGCGACACGCUGGUCUGGAACAGCACCAGCUACUGGCCCAACAUCACGGGCUGGGACUCGGUGCUGUUCAACUACGGCCAGGAGGUGCGUCUUGCGCGGUUCCAGCGGCCGGGCUAUGUCAACGACCCGGAUUUCCUGAACGUGGACCAUUUCGAUUACACGGAUGACGAGCGGCGCAGCCACUUUGCCCUGUGGUGCAGCCUGAGCGCGCCCUUGAUCCUGAGCACGGAUGUGCUCAACAUGACCGAGGUCGAGCUGGAUUAUCUUACGAACCGCGACCUCAUCGCUGUGGACCAGGACCCGCUCGUGCAGCAGGCCACGCUGGUGAGCCAGGACGGGACCUGGGAUGUGCUGACGAAAAGCUUGUAUAACGGAGACAGGCUGGUCACGGUGCUGAAUCGGGGCAAUAGCUCGGCGGACCUGACUGUCUCAUGGGCCAGGAUCGGCAUCUUCCCAGAGGACCUGGCCACGCCGGAGAGCGUGAUCGUAAAGGACCUCUGGACGGGCGAGAACUCCACUGUGAGCGUGAAUGAUGAGACGGGAAUCACUGCGAGCAGUGUUCCCUCGCACGGCACUGGUGUCUACCGCCUGUCGAAUCCCUCGCCUGGUGAUGCAAUCCGCACGUACCCCACUGGCAUGAUCUUCAACACAUACUCUCUGAACUGUCUGACAGACUCGACGUCUGGCACCGUGCGCUGGACGAACUGCACCGCUGCUGACGCGCAGGUGUGGAGGGUUCGGCCGGAUGGACAUGUCAACAGCCUCCUUCAGCCAGAUGCCUGUCUCACCGGUGGGAAUAAUGGGUCUGUUGUCUCUGACGGGGCUGGAUGUGACGUUGGGAGCGCGAAUCAAUGGGAUCAUUUCAUCUCGGGGAACCUAAUCAAUGCCGGUUCGGGUCUUUGUUUAACGGAGGAUCAGAGCGAGGAUGGCAGUGAUGAUUCCGUAGCUUUUGUAGAGGCUUGUGGAUAUUUGACCAACGAACAGGUCGUUGCUCUUCCUGUAGGGGUAGCUGUAUAG